UAUUUAACAGUUAAAUACCAGAAAGCAGUGAAAUUCAAAAAUUAAUUAUUUAAAAUAAUUAAAAUCUAAUUGCUGAAUGUGACCAUAUAUUAACUCACAACUUUCCUUAAGCUCAGAAGCGCCAUUAAAGGAGUUGCAAGUGAAGGCGCAGUCAUAAAUAGCCUGAUAAAGCAGUGUUCAAUAGAAUCGCGAUACGACGAAAGCAACAAAUACGUGUAGCUUACUGCAGAAAGCGUGUUUGCGUAGCGAGUACAUUGACACGGCGAUAGAGUCGCACAAUAAUAAUUACGAACAAAUAUAGAAAAAUAAUUAUGAAUAAACGCUUAUUACACAAGCGAUGAAAGAAAGUGCAAAAUAACACAGGACAAUAAUUUACACAAGAAUAUGAAAAUAAAUAAAAUAAAAAUUGUAAUUUUUAGUAAGCAAAGAAAAGUAGAAAUUCCUUUUCGUGCGUAGGACCUCCUUGUCGGGAUACACACAGCGGGUAGUAACACGCCCGAAAAUUUGAAAGCGAAAAAAUAGCUGCCAGCAAGCAAAUAUCUACAAAACGCGAGUUCAAUCAGACAUUCAGCAAACAAAAUAUUUAUAUUUUUUCGCUUUUUGUGUAAACAUAAAAACCCAAAAGAAGUGCACAUAUUCUAAGCUAAGCAAUGUCUAAAACGCCCUCGUUCGAUAAAGAUCGCGACUACAUCGGCUUUGCCACAUUACCCGAGCAAGUGCAUCGGAAAUCAGUAAAACGUGGCUUCGAAUUCACGCUCAUGGUUGUAGGUGAGUCGGGACUUGGCAAGUCAACACUCAUAAAUAGUCUCUUUUUGGGUGAUCUAUACAAGAAUCGUGUAAUACCAAAUGUUGAAGAGCGAAUUGAGAAAACGACGCGUGUGGAAAAGAAAACAAUGGAUAUAGAAGAGCGAGGUGUACGUUUGCGCCUGACGGUGGUAGAUACGCCGGGUUUCGGCGAUGGCAUUAAUUGUGAGGAUAGUUGGCGCGUGUGUACAGCUUACAUCGACGAACAGUUUCGUCAAUAUUUCACAGACGAGAGCGGUCUAAAUCGACGCAACAUACAGGAUAAUCGUGUACAUUGUUGUUUGUACUUUGUGCCGCCAUGGGGUCAUAGUCUACGUCAAAUGGAUCUCGAUUUAAUCCGACGUCUACAUCGCAAAGUCAACAUUGUGCUCGUUAUCGCCAAGGCUGAUUGUCUGACUAAAAACGAGGUGCGCAAACUUAAAGAACGCAUUCUCCAGGAUUUGGAAGAUAACAAAAUACAAUUAUACCAAUUUCCGGAAUGCGAUUCGGAUGAAGAUGAUGACUUCAAACAGCAGGAUCGCGAUCUGAAAGCUUCAAUACCAUUUGCUGUAGUCGGUAGUAAUACAAUAUUAGAGGUGGCGGGUAAAAAAGUGCGCGGUCGCCAAUACCCGUGGGGUGUGGUAGACGUUGAAGAUCCCGACCAUAGUGAUUUCAACAAGCUACGCACAUUUCUCAUCUCCACACAUAUGCAAGAUCUAAAGGACACCACACAGGAUGUGCAUUAUGAGAAUUUCCGUGCACAGUGUAUUUCACAAAUAUCACAACAUGCGCUCCGUGAGCGUGGCAAAUUGAAGCGUGAUUCGAUUAGUUCGACGAAUGGUUUUGAUGCGGCCAUUUCGGAGACAGAUCGACUGCUGCUGCAGAAAGACGAAGAGAUACGACGCAUGCAAGAUAUGCUUACGCAAAUGCAAGAAAAACUCAAACAGACACAUUUAAUGGAGAUGAAGAAGAACGAUAGUGUUAUUGAUGUUUAAAUGGGAGAAAAUGUUGUUUAUUUUUCGCCAACAAAAACAGGUGUGAAAGUGCAAGAAUAGAAGAGAAAAGCUGGAAGGAAGCUUUUUGAAACAAUUUAUAUCUGGAAUUAUUUUAGAAAUGGCACAAAGUACCCAAGUAAAUUUCGUAGAACCCGCACAACAUAUAACUACAACAUUUAUUUGGAGAACAGACCUCAUGGUUCAAAUCUUAAACACUCAAUCACUAAAUGAUAGACACAAAUGUGUAGCUCUACCGCAGACGAAUUUAAUUAGUUUCGAGCUGUUCACUCUGAAUUAGAAAAACUAGUAUUAACAUCCACGGUGCAAACAGUAGAAGCACGAAAAAAAAAAUUAUCGCAAAUUUCGGACAAAUUUUUUCAACAAAAAACGCAUCACACAAAUACGAGUACAUAUAACAAAUAUUUAAAAUAUAUAUAUCUAUAUAUAUAUGUAUAUAGACCAACAGUGAGCAACAACGAUUAACUUAAAGAAGUUUUCAAAAAAUACUUGGGUAUAAGAGAAUUCAUAUAAAUGCAUACAUAAAAUGACAUACCAUAAUAUAAUAACAUUUAUAUGUAGUUUGCAAAACUUAUAACGGUUUUCUGUGAAUUCACACGAUAGCGGUAUUCACAAGCGUUAAAUAGCUACUUACUAAAUUAUUGAAAAUUAAAAGCGAUCAUAUUUACGAAAAAAAA